CUGACGUCAUGUUCUCUGUAGUCUGCCAUUUUUCUCGAGGCUGAAAGUGGAAGAGGUUACUGAGCAUCGAACAAGUAGGUUGUUCGUGACGUUUAAACUUUGUGAUUUAUUUUAAAAAUCAACAAUGAAUUAAAAUCUCUUAUAAACAAAUAGUUGUACACCAGUGCUUGGUCGACAUCCAGACUUAGAAUACCAGAGCUGAAUUUUCGAUUUCUCCCACGCUGAAUCCGCCUUACAGAAGAGGAACAGUGCGUCUUGGCUAAUGCAUCUGUGUGGGUCAUUGGCUACUGUUUUAUUUCGACCUCUCACAUAAAAGGAUAAUAAGCCACAGCCUAAGAGAAAAAGACUGGGGGGUUAGGGAUUGAUGAGGAUGGCUGAGCCCGAGCGGCGGCCAGGCAAGACGCCUCUCCUUAAGCAACCAGAGAUUGAGGAGGCAGAGGAAGAGGAGGGAAGCAAGACAAGUGAGGAGUCGCCAGUAAAUGGCAGCAGAAGUUGCAGCGACUCUGAAACCACCAUCCCAGUGUUACGACAAGAAUCUUUAGUUUUACAACCAAGCAAUGGCUCUGGUGACCUUUCACCUGAAGAUGAAAACAGUUCUUCACCACCAGUCAUUUUACAUCAGGGUUUACAGUCAUUGAUGUCACAAGAUUCCACAGCUGGUGAUGGCAUCAAAAACAACCAUAUAUCAGUCCCCUCCAAAACCAAGCAGCUUAUGCGUGGUACCGCUAUUUGUGAUGGAGCUUCACCACCUCCCCUACUGUUCCCAGAGGUCAAAGUUAUUACAACGCCAGCCCCAGAAUCAGAUGAAGUACCCUGUGACUGUGGCAGCCAGGCACCAGUUUUAGGACAGCCCUAUGGGGAUACAGUGUCCACAAGGUCACAUCUUCAGAAGGAUAACUCGCAAAGUUCUGAUGCAGGGACCUGUUCUAGUUUAUCACGUGAGUCUAGUGUAGAAAAAUACGCUUAUAAAGAUAACACUGGUGUUGACCUGCUGGACUUCAUAAAAAAGACUCUCUUCAAGUCUGCAAAAGAUAAGAAAAUGCUUCUUCAACUGGAGAAGGACUUUAAGAGAUUUGUGGCUGACCCAAAGGAUCAAUUCCUGCAGCUGUCAGAGAUGUGCUCCUAUGAUCGCAUGUUAGUUCACCGGUUGGCAGCAUUUUAUGGAAUGGACCAUAAUAUCAACCAGACUGGGAAGUGUGUUAUUGUCUCCAAAACAAAGUACACCCGUGUGCCUGACUUUAGCUGUGAGGAAUACUUGAAGAAAAAUCCAGACUCUGUAGAACAGAAGAAGAAAAUACUCCUUAAAAAACCACAUAGCAUGGAGGAGAGAGGUUCAAGAACAGGCGAUAAAAGUCAGUAUACUGGAAAUCGUGCUAAAUCACUAUCCUUGGAAGAGAGGCAACGUUCAUAUGAUGAAAAACGAAGACAGAUCUUUGGGAGUGCUUCACAAGACGAGACCACUUCAUAUUCACUGAUAGAAGAUGAUGCCAGCUGCAAUGCAAACAAAAGUGGGCUCAUGAACAGAGAUUGGAGUAGCACAGAAUCCUCAGGUUAUGGUACAGAAGAUGGGCAACGCCGAGGGCCUCGUGGCUUUAUUACCAAAUCGAAUAGCUAUGGUGGCAACCCAGCCAUUCACCUUGAUCCUUUGAAUCUUCGUACCCGCAGUCUUUCCAAAGCAGAUUCUAUACAAAGUGGACAUUAUGAAGGUCUGCCAGUAAGGUCUGGUAAACUGACUGCUACCUCUCCAGAACACUCGGACCAGUCCCCGCUGUCACGCUGUAGUUCUACCGAUGUGUCUCAUUCACCUAGUCAUGGGUUUGUCAGUGGGACAGGCCCCUCCUACCCGGUGCUUGUGGCUACUGAUCCAGCCACCAUUCCACCUGGAAGCAUGGUGGUCAAUCCACAGACAUUACAGCCACAUGUAAAUGCUGAUGGCUCCAUCUACCGUUACAAUCCUAAUGAACCCCCACCAUGGCUUGUCAGCAGCAACACACCUCAACAGCCUCCAAACUGCAGUCUUAUAUACUCUGCAAAUGUGCAAUAUCAGGACACAGCAGAUUUGUGCAACCGCUUCGCUGGCAUAACAGUGGGGAUGCCAGUAGAAGGAACUGUGGAAAGUCAGCACAUGGUCCCCUUGCAUCAUCAGCAGCCGCAGCAACAACCACAGUCUCUACAGCACCAGCACCAGCACCAUCCACUGCUGGUUUCUCCAUCUUUGACUCAGCCACUGCCCUCUAACCAGCAGUUUCCUGUUAGCCACACACAAUUUUCUGCAAUGCAGGCCCCAUACUACAGCAACCCUCAGAUUUUAACGGGUCAACCAGUCCGAUACAUCUCUUACAUACCUGGUCACAACACGGCUGUUGAUGCUCAGGGACAGUCAUUUUCCUUGUCCAACCCUGGCACAAGCAGUAUACCAUCUGGCAUUGUCAGCUACAGUGUGCACCCGCAGCCCCAAAACUACUCAGGUGUGUUCAUGUCGGCCAACUCUCCAAUGCAGACCAGCAUCCCAGAUCAAACUAGCAUCGGGCCAAACACAGCAUAUGCACAGACAAUUUUCACUGGUCCUUUGGGUGAGAGCAAUGGCAGUGGAAGUCCAUACUCUAUACCUUACGUGCCAGCAAAUGGUGUGUAUUCAUACACCACUUACAACCCUGCAGGCAACAGUGUUGGCCCUGGACAGGUUGGUCCUGCUGGGGCAUUCUAUGGAGCCCCACCACAGUCGUCAUCACCACAGCUAAGUUUUGCAGGGUUUGCACCAGGUCCAGGUAGCCAGUCCACCUUGCGUCCUGCCACCCCACCUAGUCAGCUUCACCAUGCUCAUGGACUGACAGUCAGCAUUGCACAGCCACUGAAUUACCACAGCCAGCAGGGUGCAGGAACAGGACUGGGGACUGGCAUCGGGGGUAUCAGUGGUCACAUCUCACACCAUACAGUUUCAUCACCAACACAGUUUCACCCUGGGACAAUCUUUUCCUCUUCUCCCCAGUUUCCAGGACAGGUGCGUCCUGUAGGGCAGGUGGUGCAAAUGCCUGUUGGUGCCAACACCAAUGUGGCUACGGCAGGCCCUGCCUCUGGUCAUGCUGUGCCACACAGUCACCACCCCACACACCACAGUGCACCACCACUACACCACUCACAGUCCUUCUCAGUUCUACGUGCUGGACCUGCCAAUACCAAUGUCACUUCCAAUACCACACAUCUGAGCAUGAAUCCCGCGACUAACGGGACUCCCACCCCACCACAGCAAGUUGGGCCCAGCCCACAUCCAGUGAUGCCCAUCAAGAGUAUGUCCAUGGGGUGCAUGCGACCACAUGGAGGUGCAUCAACGCCAGAUAAGGACAGCCUCGGGGUGGGCAUGGGUAUCCCCGGUGUCACCACUUUCAUCCCUGGGAUCAAUCAGACGACAGCAAUGCAGUUUCCUGCACAGAUCGUAGCUUCAGGAAUCCGACCUGCACAGCAAGGAGAAUAUCGAAUGGUUGGAGCAGCAAGUAUACGGCCUCAGAUUCAGCCUCUUCACUUGGCACUCCCACAGCAACCAGGCCAGCCUGUUAAACAUAGAGGUGGUUGUUCUCGUCAGUCACGUACAUCCAAGCGCUACCGUAGUGGUGGCAGCAACUCUGAUGUGCUGAUGACACCAUCCACCCCAGUGGCCACUGUUGUAUCCGCAGAUGGAGUAGUUCAGUCAGUAGUGAACAGGCAGUGACGGGUGCAUGACAGCUCUCAGAACAGGAACAAAGAUCUCAUCUUUCUCAACAUCUUACAUUAUUUAGUGUAGAUCUGAAAUGGAUUGCUGCCAUCAGCAAAGUCUCAUUAAAAAAAGACUGGACAUUGCAGAGGGCUACAUAGACACCACCAUAGUCUUCAUUCAGAGUUCUGAGCACAGUCAUGGCUAUCUUCACUUCAGCAUCAAGCCACUCACCACAUCUAAGCUGCAGCAGCAUUGAAAUCACAAGAAGAAGGGGGACAAACAUUGGAAGGAAAGGGAAGAAAUGGCAGUUUCUGUUCAGUGCUUCGUGUGAAAGAGACACAUAAGCACCGGCAUAUCCCAGUGAAGAAUCAAAACAGUACCUGUAGAAUGUGACUGGCACAAUUGACUACCCCCUAGGCAGCACAGUUUCACAGAAAUGACACGUCCAGUACUUCUGACAAUGAGGCACUAAGUUAGCAAAAGGCUCCAUGGCCAGGUGGUGAUUUUAGUCGGUCAGAAAUGAAAUCAGAAUUGUUUUGGUGCAAAUUGGAUCACAGAUUGCUCCUUCAAGAUUAAGGUAAUUGUCCAUUGUUUAUGAAUGGAUGUCUGUUCAAUCAGUAGCAUCUUUUUGAGAUCUGUAGCCAAUGUGUAAAAUUAAUGUUGAAAUAUUUUAAACUGAUUUUAACUUACUGGUGUUAAUACAUUAACACAGGCACAGUAUUGUUUUCAUACGUUGUUGCUGUAAAACCCUUUUGAAUUGACUGUGUUCUGAGCUUCUUGUCAGCACUAAAACAUGUGUGUAAUCUGGAUUCACAAGUGGAGAUCGUGCAUAGAUAUCCUAAUGUUUUCAUGGGAAAUUUUUUAAGAAACUGGCCAUAGGUCAGUGCAGAAGCAUUAUUUCCUUGUUUAAUGCUUGCAAGAUUAAAGGCUAUGGCCUUAGGUAAUCAGUUUCUUUCAGUGAUAGUAUGUCCUAUAGAUUGAUAGAAUGUGGAAGAGUGAAGGGAAAAAUUGAAAGGCUUAAUGAAGCUUCUAGCAUUUCUGGCUUAUUUUGCCAUUUUGUUCAAAAAUUAUUGAGAAUUGGUGGUGGAGCCUUUUGCUACAGCUGUGCCUGGAACUGGAUUUUUAAAAAAAAAAGUCUGGUCUUCAUAUCACACAAACUAUCUUAGUAUUGAUACUGACAAUGUACAAGGGCCUCUGCCAAGCUGCUCUAGGCCCAGUGUACUUAUCUGCAUGUUUGUUUGGUUUUUUUUUUUUUUUUGCCAGACUUUCCUGGCUGCAUUUUCCCACUCUUCCCCUUCCUUGCUUGUGCCACCCAGGUGUUGUACCCCUUUCAUGCGAGCGUAUUUACGUGUGCAAAGAUGAUGCUCCUUUCAUAUGUCAUGUGCCCACCGUUCUACCAGCCCUAUAAAUAAUGCACUAUCCUCUGUCACUUGGCUAUCACCCAGAAUCACUGCUCACCUCAUCCACACCAAAACGGAUGUGAGACUGACGUUUUUUCAUCGUCAUUUAGCUUCAGUGAUAGGUGGGCCGAUUCCAAUGGAUCACAAGACAUUUUAUUGUGGUGCAUAGACUGAUCCUACUAGAUCCCUAGACAUUUGUGCAUAAGGGUGACUUGAGUUCAUUGUACUUGAACCCAGUUCUUUGGCAUUGUGCAGAUCAAUUGGUCAUGAAAACUAUGCAUGACAUCUGUGGAGAAAGGUGUGGCAAUGCAAAUCCUUAUUCUGGUUACAGUGUCACAGAAAUUUAAAGGAAGAUUCAACUGAAACGAAAAAGCAGAAAGCAGCAAAAGAAAAAAUAUCAUACUAUUUUUAUAGCUGUUUUAUAACUAAAAUCUUUUAUCUUCCUAGUAUCUUUCUUUCUCAAGUUAGGUAUUGUUCUCAGCAGUGAAGUGUGUUAAUGCGUAGUGCGCGUGCAUGUUUGUUCGAUGUGCCAUUGAUGGAUUUUUCUUAGUCAAGUUGAAUAGAGAGGUUCUUGGGAAUGGGCAAGUUAGAGUUCAACACCUUGAUGAAAACAUUUCCUUAUUUUUUUUUUUUUUUUUGAGUAUGAUGGGGAACAGUAAGUCAUCCAUCUGUCUUUUACCACCUCCAAUUUUUUUUAAAACCACACAAUGUACAAGUUGUUUCAAAAGUAUUGCUUCCAUCAGAAAGAAAAGAACAUAAUAAUCUGUAAAGAGUAGUGGGCUGCUGUUUUAGUUGAACAGCUGUAGUCUAGCCCUGAGUGAAUGCCUGUUUGAAGAUUACAGUUUUUGCAAAGAAAACAUUUUGCAGAGGGUAUUGUUGUACCGGCAAUUUUGUGAAAAACACUGAUCCUUUAGAAAAUUGGUAACAACUGUGUGAGGAAAUGGGUUUGUGGCAGCAUCUUUGUGAAUGAAGCAGGUGCAUCAUAGCAAUGGUGACAUGAAUUGUCUGAAUAGAAAACUUUUAGUCCUUUUCUUCUCAGAGGAAAGAUAAUGCACGGUACCCAGGAUCUAAGUGGAAUACGACUCCCUCAGUACACUGGUAGCACAGACAGCAUCUUUUAUUGUAUCAUUUUUUUGUCACCUUGGGUUUCUAAGUAAGGUCCAUUGUUUUUCUGGCCUGAGAGCAGUUUUGAAUAUGUGAAUAACACAGCUUCAGAGUCUGUGACAAUGAUAAAGCCAUGAUGGGAUUUCAUGAUGUGCUGGAGAUUCUGAGCAUGGAGCUGUGUCAAGUUGCAACUUUCUACUCUGUGAAAUUUGUAGCAACUAUAAUGUUAAAUGCUCCCUUUUCAAACCCUCUCACCUCAUCCUUUCUGUUUGUUUGCAGCUGACAGAUUUUUUUAUGAUUAGGUACAGCAGUUUUUGUAAACAGAAGAGUAUUGAAAUGUUUCCUGGGAAAUAUUGGUCUUUUCAGAAACCAUUUGUAUCGUCACUAACAGUCGCCUGAGAAUUAGCGCUGGUUUGUAUUAAAUUAACACUGGGUUAGUAUUGAAAUAGUGUAGAUGGUGUUGCUCUCCCAAUCUCACCACAAGAACCAAACACACUUUCAUGGUUCCAUACUACUAUAGAGGCAUCCAGAGAUAUAUCUACUUCAAAGAACCACAUAACAUUGUUGAACAGUCAAGAUGCAGUUAUUUUUAGGAUACGGUUACAUUAAGAAAAAAACAUCCUGUAUUUGGAGAUAAAUGCUUAAAUUUACUGUGUGCAAUAGAAUCAGCUUAUGUGAAUGAACAUGUUCAUAUUAGAGCUGAUCAGUUGCUGACCAUUUAGCCAACAUUUCCAAGUGUGUGCAUUUCAUUUUAGCCGUAUUGGUUAGUUUGAGUUUUAUUCUAGUGUGCUAAAAUGUUUGCACAGCUGCUUAGGCUGCCUUUAAGGUUUUAAAAAGAAAUGUUAAGAAUUGUAGUGAGAAUGACUUACUCCCUUCUGAUGUAUUUCCUUUUUUCUUUACCAGUUUAUAUCUUUAAGUGUUUGUCCUUUAGACUUUCAUACUGGCCAGUACUUAUCAUCAGUACAAGUUCCAGAUUAUAUUUUUAGUUGCAAAGCACAAUGCUUGCCUCAUUUUGUUAGCAAUAAGCUAGCAGGACUUGGUGUGCCUUGAUUCUUGCCAUUUCAUUGGCAUCGUAUUUCCUUGAGGCCUGCAAGACACUCCAGGCUAAACUUGUGAAAUAUUAUGGUAGUAGUGAGAAAUUCAGAACAGUAUACAGACACCCAACUUGUUAGAUCAGGACCAAUUGGGGUAACACCUCCAUAUAUUGCUUUCACUAUGUAGGCAUGGGUUGCUGGAUAAAUAUUAAACACCCAUAACCCACAUGGGAAAAGGAUAGAAAAAUGCAAUGGUCAUAAACGAAUUGUUAAAACUACCUUUAUGCAUUUGUGAUCUCUUGCAGCCUAUGUUCACUUGAGAAAUAAUCAUGCCUUUGUUUUGCAGCAAAGAAUGUUGCAUAUAUCAUGCUAAUUUGAUAGUAGUUCUGGCAGAAUUCUGUAGUAGUAACUGUUCUUGUCAGGUUUGCACACGUUAAAAUGUAUGACUUUUCAUCAGAUUUCAUUACAACUCCUUGUGAUAGAGAAUGGUUUUAGUAAUGACAUGUUUUGGACUCUUAUUUUGAAUUUAGGGGGGUAGUAUAUUAGUGUUGAAAUCAUUAUGCUUUUGGGGUUGUUUUUCCUUUCCUUUUUAAUGUUCCCAGUGGCAUUCAGACUUCAGCAUUCACUGGCAACUGCUUGGUUUUUUAAGAGGAAUUUGAUAGGACAUGCUCCUGUAAACUUUGCUCGGGUGGUAGCAUGUUCAAAGCUUCAAGAAUAUUGAGCAUAUUAAGCAACUAGGCUUUAAAAUAGGCAAUGUGGAAGGUCUACAUGAAGGAAGAUUUGUCAGUACCUAUGCAAACUUCACCAUUCCUGAACUUAGAAAAUCAUCAAAAUUUAUUAAAGUGUAAAUUGAUGUACAGGUUGCUACAAAAAGAAGGGGAAAAAAAUUAGCAAAACAGAAAGAAAGGAAAUUUAGUACUAUAUCCUACAUUGUCAAAAGCAUUGAAGGAAAACUUGGUUUAGUCCUUUGCACAAUCGGAUCGACUGGAUGGUUUACUCUAUUUUCCUCAGUGGCCACUUGAGUCUUUAAAUGUGUAUAUGACGAAAUGGGAUGAAUGUUUGGUGUGAUGUUUCUGAGCUAAUAAAUGACUUGACUAGUCUCUUUUGGCAAGCGGGAGAACUUUUAUUUGUUGGUCAUGAAAGUGGGAGAACUGCCUGCCUGGGAAAGACAGGGUUUGAGAGCUGUCUCGUACAGUCAGUAUGGCUGAAAAUGUAUAGCAACUUGUUAAAAGUUAUGUGGUGAUGUUUUUGCAAAUUAUGGCUGUGUUAGACACAAUGUUUGAGUGUUUGUCACUUACCAGUAUGUAUGAAUGUGUUUACAAUGCAGGAAUAUGGCUACCAUAGGAUUGUACAAUUAAUGAUGCCUUCUGCCAAAGCUUCAGACUGACACGAGCAAGAAAUGAAAUAUGAGAAAAGUUCAUUGCAGUUAAUUGAAUAGAUACAUUGUUUAUAGGUAUAGCCCACUGCAGAAGAUCUUUUAAUCAUGAGACUUCUUGGGCCAGUUGUUACAGCAAGAAAAAAAUAAAAACCUGUUAAGCUUGUCCUUGAUGUAAAUGCAGUUCAGGGUAGAGUGUACAAUAACAAUUGUGCUUUCCGUAGCAGUGAAUGACACAUAUUGGUGUUAUAAUGCCCCUGUAGUAGAGAAAUUAUGUUGUGAUGUUUCAGCCUCUUCACGAGAAGUUUGAUCACAGUUUGGUGUUCAAGGAUUGUCUGUGAAUUAAGCUCAGUAAGCCACACUGAGAAAACUGAUGAUGCAGUACCAAUGCAUCAACUCGCUGUGUUGUGUAGAGCAGUGUUUGAAACCUGUGUUGUAGAUGAAUGUUUCAGGAAGAGAUAAAUUUGGUGAGUGGGGAGACAAUAUGCACCAUUGGCAUUAUCAAGAAACAACCAUGCUGGGUGAAUAGAAGUCACAGAGAGAUGUAGCUCUGAUGUAACUAUAGUUUUAGUACCACUUGUAUCAUGAGCAGAGUGUGAGAGCAAAAUCUGCCUUGCCUUCACGUCGACAGCUCUACAGCCAACAGUGCCCACCUGUUGUUGAAACCAUUAGCAUGGAAUUUGUUUUUUCAGUUGUACAAUUUUUCUUGUAUUGACUUUGUAGUGCUACACUUCUUCAGUUGAGAUCUGUUCACUCAUCACCAUGCAUGUUAUUGAUGACUAAACCCUGUGUGUUUGAUGGUUUCGCACACCAAAACACAGUGCUGUUGCUAACCCUUUGCUUCCCCCAUAACUGUUUAGUGCCCAUGUGAUGUGUAAAGCUUGCGAGUGCGUAAGGUGUUCAUUUGUAUCUGCAAGUAUGCGAGAUGUUUUAUUUACAGAUAAGCUAUCUCUUUAGUGUUCUGUAGUAGUGGUUAUUAUGUCCCUGUCAAGUGAGCUUUCAUAAUUUUUACCCCCCACUCAUUUUUUUCUUUCCCACAACAAAAUGAACUUAGAUAGAAAAU